AUGCACGAAGAGGAGCAUCAUGAUGGCAGCCCCCCAGACUUUUUCAUAAAGCUGCCGCAACUGGAGGAACAUGCUCCUUCUUUGGACCGGCUCUUUGGAGACGGCAUUGAUCAUCAAAUUUCGGCUCCACUUUCAUCUAUUCGAGACGAGCUGAUCGUUUUAAAGGUUCAAUUAAAAGCAAUGGUCGGCCAAUUGCUGGUGCAACUGAGAAAGCUAAGGCCAACAGCAUUGCCCAAUGCUUUUGAAUCCACCUUGUAUGAAGAAAUCUUUUUCAAGUCAGAAUUUCCUCUUCGAAUUGUUUGUGGAGAACAAGACGAUUUGGGCACGCUGACUGUCGGCAAUUCCGGAAGCGGCCACAAGCGGCUUUUCAAAUCCAGGCCGUCGUCACAAUCGCGUCAAAGAAACUCAAACUUACAGAGCAAGCAGCCAAUAAGCGCUGUUUCUCCCUCGGCAUUUUGGUCUUUCAUUGAAAAUAGCGGAUAUUUCAAAGAGAUCGGUGAGGAAGAACUGACUUGGCUGGAAACCAACGAAAAGUCUCUGGCUGCAGUUGGGGGCGGUAUUCCACCAUUGGGAGAUCAAGAGGCGAAGGAAUCAUCCAACGUGCCGCCAAACUAUUUAGUCGAAAGGUUGUUGUCUUCUCUGAUGGAAGAGUCAAAGGGAAGCGACAAUGUAAAUUUGCUAUCGGCAAAUAGCACUUCUGCGCCGACUCCUCGAUUUGCCACCACGAACAACAUAAUUAUGCAUCGAAGGAAAAAGCCAUGGGAGGGUCUCUGCGAAAGGAUUCUAUGGGAUCUGCGCUCGAUUGGCAUAUGCGGGCCAAUUAUAACGGACGAGGAGGCGUCAAACGAAAUUUGUGCAGCGCUUCGGAAAUGCCAGUCCGAACUUGCUCUAAUCACAAAGAAAAACGAAGAGCGAAAAAAAAGGCUCUACGAGCUUCUGGUUGGCGAAAAUUAUCUUUCAGCUCUCGAAUAUUACAGGGUGUUGGAUGACCUUAAUCGCGGGAUAGAGGGGGCCUAUAGCCGACGCCUCGCAUCGUCUCCAGAUUCACCGUCUGCUGCUUCGGCCACAGCGGCCUUGGUGUCAGUUCUUAACAAAAAGGCCCUACUGAUGCGGGCAUUUAAUGGGUCGAAUUUCCCCAAAAGGUCGCAAAUGGCCAAACCGCUUGGAUUUGCCUCUGAUAAGGGAAACCAUCCGCAUCUUUCGCUUCUGCAACGAAUAGCAGGAGGAUCUCAUACCUCGCUAGCUCGGCUAUUAACAAGCCCCUCCAUCGGUAAUCAGAUGCAGGUGGAUUCCACUAACCAAGCUUCCAAGGUAGAGAAAAGAAGGAAAAAGAAACUUUAG